AUGGAAAACGUUUCUCAAUCUGAAAUACUAGUACAACUUCGCUCCUCGAUGAAAGUUCUCGACUCAAUUCUAAAUGAGCAUAAAUCUGCAUUGGAGGAACUAAAUAAGAAUGGAGACACCAAUGGUCAAGCUAAAUCGGCAAAGAUGGAGUCAUUGGAAUCUUUUGUUGAGAAAAUUGAGGAAGCUAUUUAUGAUGGUGAUGUAUGUUUUUAUUUGGAACUUUUUGUUUUCUCGGACUAUCUUCAAAGUGCUGAGGCUGAAAAGCAAAGGCUCAAAGCCCAAACUAAACGUCUUUUUCACGAAAAUCGUUGGCUCCGAGAUGAACUUGCGAAUUUGCAGUUGCAAUACCGUCAGAGUCAGGUUCGUAUAGUUGCUCUGGAAGAAGAAAUCAAUAAGCUUAAUUUUGCAAAUGAAAUGGCCAAAUAUGAUGCGCCGGAUCAGAGUGGACUCCCAGCUAUUUUCGAAUUCUUUAAUGACUUUGAAAUCUUAGUAAUGAAUUCAAGCCAGACUACUGCACUGUCUCAAAUCAUGAACAGUUAUGAAAUUCCAGCUAGACUUCGAACUCUGCAUAAUCUUGUUAUUCAGUACGCUAGCGAGGGUCGUUACGAAGUUGCUGUGCCCCUCUGCAAGCAGGCAUUGGAGGACUUGGAAAAGAACAGCGGAAGGGAUCAUCCAGAUGUGGCAACAAUGCUUAAUAUUCUUGCGCUUGUUUACAGAGAUCAAGGCAAGUACAAAGAUGCCGCGAAUUUACUUAACGAGGCUCUUGUUAUUCGAGAGAGACAUUUAGGACCAGAUCAUCCUGCUGUCGCUGCCACACUCAACAAUCUCGCCGUUCUGUAUGGGAAACGAGGAAAGUACCAAGAAGCUGAACCCCUCUGUAAACGAGCCUUGGAAAUCAGAGAAAAGGUGCUCGGUGCGGAUCACCCCGAUGUUGCUAAGCAACUCAAUAACCUAGCUCUUCUUUGUCAAAACCAGGGCAAGUAUUCAGAGGUUGAACGGUACUACCAACGAGCUCUCGAUAUUUACACUCAUUGUCUUGGCGCCAACGACCCAAAUGUGACUAAAACGAAAACUAAUUUGGCAUCAGCCUACUUGAAGCAAGCAAAAUAUUCUGAAGCUGAAGCGCUCUACAAGGAUAUUCUAACUCGCGCACAUGAGCUGGAAUAUGGAAAGGCGAGUUCGACUAAACCGAUUUGGAUGUUGGCGGAGGAUAGACAGAAUGGAAAGUGGGACACCUCACUCUCUAAUCAGGCCCUUAAUCAACGCUCGGCACUCAUGGAAAAUCCUACAAUAGCCACCACCCUUCGUAAUCUCGGCGCACUUUACCGUCGUUCUGGCAAGUUUGAAGCCGCGGAGGUAAUCGAAGAAUGCGCCGGUCGUCCCAGUAAAUCGUCAGAGGUGUGUGUGUGCGCAUUAAAUUUGUUAAGUAUCUUAAUUGGGCCUGGUUAA